AACGAUUCCGAAUAUCCGCCGUAUGAAGGACUCAUCGAUGGGGCUUCUUUCUGUCUUUUAACAUUAAACAAUGGAGAAGAUGGUGCCCGACAUGGAUCAGAAGAAAGCCUUGCAAUCCACUCUCGAUUUCACCUGUCGGCAGCACACAACGUCACGUAGGCAAAGUGUAACGAAACUGGUGUUCAUUCGACCGUCGAGCCUGACAUGAGCCAGACCUGAAUGACCGUAGCUUGUGCACUUUGAUUAAUUGAUUCUAGUAGUGUCACAAUUGUAAAAAAAAAAAGUAUCGUCAUGCACGAACCGCUGCAACGUGAUUACGUCGAGGUUAGCACGUCAUCCUACCAGCGUGCCAUCGAAUCUCACCGUCGUUGGAGGAUAUGCCUCUGGACUGGUCUUGGUUGCACUCUCAUCACGUGUGCCAUACUGUUGUCUCUGCUCAUCGUCGGUGCUAGACAGCCUCGAUUAGCCUUCCCUGUUGCCGAAGUGGGAGACUCUCCAUUGCUGGCUCUCUCUUUCCCCAUUAAAGAAAGAAGCCAUCCGAAGGGGCGAUCUAAUUUUACCAUCCGGCCGGAAAUGGUGUACGAGAGUAUGACAGAGGCCCGAGAAGAGUUCAGAAACCGGAAAACACUUGAGGAGCAACUUCUCAAUCAUCAGCUCAACCGAAGCGAUUUAACGCCUUCCUCUUACCAUCAGCAGGUCACCACGCUCAGCCCUGAAAUGCGCAAUUUCAGCGACUCGGCCGUGUUGGCUGAAACUUCCGUCCGCCUCCUACUAGAACGGGAGCAGAUCCCCAUAGCAGAGCUCCAAUCCGCUGAUCCUAGUGCACUACUCAAAGAAUGGGUCCACUGCGACCCUACCUUGGUCAACAAGAAAUGUCGCCCGGAAGACAAGUUCCGGACGUUAGACGGAACAUGCAAUAAUUUACACGCUCCUGAAAAAGGAGCCACCAUGCAGCCAUUCCGUCGCAUCCUGCCACCCGUCUAUGAUGACGGAUUUUCAUCUCCAAGGACUAAGUCCGUCGUGGGAAGUGAUCAGCCCUUGCUGUCUGCCAGAGAAGUUAGUCGACGGUUCACUGACAGCGCCGACCACGUUGCCGUUGAAACCAAACUAUCAAUGCUGUUUCUUACCUGGGGACAGUUUCUCGAUCACGACAUGACCAACACUGGCUCCUCCAAAGGCGAGAAUGGAAGUGCCAUCACCUGUUGCGGCCAACGGAAACAGCAUCCCGAAUGUUUCCCGAUUCACGUAGAAAAUAACGAUCCGUUUUACGCAGAUAAAGGCGUCCGUUGCCUGGAUUUCGUCCGCUCAGCACCGGCUCCACAAUGCAAAAUAAAUGGAAGAGAACAGUUUAAUCAAGCUUCAGCCUUUAUCGAUGGUUCCAUGAUUUACGCCACUACUAGUCUGGAAGCAGAUAUUCGACUAAGGGCUCACGUUAAUGGCAACAUGAGAGGUCGAUUAUUUCAAGACGGACGCUGGAUGCUUCCCAUUUCCGACAAGCCAAACGACGGAUGUAAUAAGGACGAGCUCAUCAAGCAGAGCCGCUACUGCUUCAAAGCAGGCGACGUGCGAGUUAACGAACAAAUCGGAUUAACUGCAAUGCAUACUGUCUGGAUGCGCGAGCACAAUCGGAUCGCCAAUGAAUUAGCCGACAUGAACAAACACUGGGACGACACACGUACGUACGAGGAAGCUCGUCGAAUUGUUAUCGCCAUGGUUCAGCACAUCAGUUACAACGAAUUUGUACCUUUAUUGCUCGGUGAGAAAUUGACCGAGCAUUUGAAAUUGCGUCCACUGGCUAGCGACUACGACAGUAGUUACGAUAAGGAAGUUGACGCCGGCAUUUCCAACGAAUUUUCUACCGCGGCGUACCGUUUCGGUCACAGCAUGUUGCAGGGUUUAGUGGAAUUUCACACGGCCAAAGGACGGACAAUCGAUUUCAUGCAAUUCACGAAAAUUCUUUUCAACCCGUUCGCCUUGUGGGAUUUUGGCAAGUUGGACGCUGUCGUUCGAGGCAACGCCCAACAAUGUCCAAGAAAAUUAGACACUUCAUUCUCCACUCAGGUUACUAACCAUUUGUUCCAACCUGAAAAAUCCAAUCACGGCUUCGACUUAUUUGCAUUGAAUAUACAAAGAGGGCGGGACCACGGUCUGGCACCGUAUAUUCAAUGGAGAGAACUAUGCAAUCUCUCGCCCGUUAACGACUGGCUCGAAUUGGAGAAGGAAAUGCGACCAUCUUCCUUUGUUGUUCUCAAACAAAUUUACCAAGACAUAAAAGAUAUUGAUCUCUACGUCGGAAUCUUGGCCGAGAAUUCUUUACCGGACGGUAUUCUAGGUCCUGUUGGCAGUUGCAUCAUAGGAGACCAAUUCUUGCGCUCAAAAAUUGGCGAUCGUUUCUGGUACGAGACGAGCGACCCCACCAUCCGCUUCACACCCGACCAACUGAGUGAGAUCCGAAAGUCAAGUCUGGCUCGGGUUUUGUGCGACAACGGCGACGCCAUGGACGCCAUCCAGUUGAAAUCCAUGGAGGUUGUCAGCGGUUCCAAUCCGGUUAAACGAUGCCAUGGGGAUGAAAUUCCCAGAAUGGACCUAUCCAAUUGGGAAGAUGGAAUGAUCUCACCUUUCGUCUAAAGCUAGUCAACUUAAAUAUAGUAGAAAAAAACCAUUUUUGAAAUUACAAUACUUCAAGUUCACAAAU